AUGUUUGAUUUGUACCCAGCUUCCGCCCUUUUAACAUCUGUCAAGACUGGUCAAGGACUUGAGACAGUUCUUCCUGCUGUCAUAGAACGGAUCCCUCCUCCCUUUGGGAAGUCUAGUAUUCCAUUACGUAUGUUUUUACUCGACUCUUAUUAUGAUGAAUACAAGGGAGUUAUUUUCCAUGUGGCAGUUGUUGAUGGAAUUUUGCAAAAGAGGGAUGAUAUUACAUUUGCAGCAAGUGGUAAUUCCUAUGAAGCUUCAGAGAUGGGGAUCAUGCACCCCUGGAUUCUAUUAACAGGGCAAGUGGGAUAUGUUGUAAUCGGUAUGCGAUCAACCAAAGAGGCUCGUGUGGGUGAUACUGUUUAUCGGAAGCACUUCAUUGUCGAUGCCCUUCCUGCCUGCAAAGCACAUGGUGUUUACUCAGCUGAUGGAUCAGACUUUGAGGAACUUAACCUGGCUAUAGAGAGACUAACAUGCAAUGAUGCUAGCGUCCAAGUGAAUAGAGAAAGUAGUAUUGCACUUGGUCUUGGUUUUAGGUUAGGACAAGCGUGGUUUCUUAGGCUUGAUUACAUAGAUGUUUUUCAUCAGCGCCUUGAACAGGAGUAUGAAGUUCAUGUCAUUUCCAUUGUUCCCACUGUACCAUAUAUCUUUGAAUAUUCAGAUGGAAGCAAACUAGAAGUCCAAAAUCCUGCUAUGUUACCAUCAAACCCUAAAUACUGCGUAGUAUCUACUUGGGAGCCAACUGUCAGAGCGACAAUUAUUCUUCCUAGUGAGUAUGUGGGUCCUAUUUCGGCCAUGAGAAAAAAUGUGUUGGCAAAGUGUUAUGGAGGGGAUGCGUCGAGGAAGAAGAAGUUGUUGGAAAAGCAAAAAGAAGGAAAAAAGAGGAUGAAACGAGUGGGCACUGUUGAUAUUCCUAAAGAGGCUUUUCAGGAAAUUCUCAAGGUUUCUUGA